AUCGACCAGGGAGCGCAGGUCUCUUGACUGCGCUGCACAGCCUAGCCGCAGCGCUUUAUUAAAUCCAGAACACGCCAUUUAUGUUUCUAGACACGCUUAUUAGGGCAAGUAAAGCAGCGGGGACAACGGCUUGACGUGGGCCUUGUUUGGCGAAAUUCGGACGCGUUGGACAAAGACCAACGCGCCCAGCUAGCGCCUCAACCCGCUGGCGUUUGAUACGGAAACUUGGAGACUUGAUCGAACGAAGGCCCGGAGCCGCUGAGCUGCCAGCAUGGCGACCGUGCUGCUGCAACAUGGCGAGCCGGGGCCAGACGGCUCACCCCCACCCCGAGCGUACUUCCAGCUGAUCGAUGGCAAGCUCCACCUUCCAACCAUUCGAGAUUACUUCAAGCUAGCAAAUGUGGCGCUGGAUGGCGUGGUAUACCCCACCGACCCCGACGGAUUCACCUUCAACACGUUUGAGCCCAACACCACCUCCCGUGUCACCGGUGACCCACUGCUGUCGGGCGCGCGGCAAACACGCAUCCUGCUCAUCCGCUGCAGCGAGGGCUACGCACCCGACCCAGCGGACCAGUCGCACCAGUCGGGGGACAGAGGCACCAAGCGCAAGCUGGCCGUGAGCGAGGAGACGCUGGGGUUAUGGACGCUGCCGCCACCCGAGACCCAGCCGCGCACGCUGUUGGAGCUCAGCGGCGCGCUCAAGUCCUUCCUGCAGAUGGACGGCGCCGGUGGCUUUGGCUCGCCCGGCGGCGGCCUGCCUGGUCCGUGGCUGUUCAAGUACCGCUACGGCGGCGAGCAGGUGCCCAUCAUCAGUGACAGCGCGCUGGCGGAGGCCUUUGAGCACUUCAGGAGCCAGCUGGACGACGAGUCCGCCAACCAGCAGUGCCGGCUGUACCUGUGGCCCGCACUGGCUCCGAUGGCGCCCGGCCCCGGGGCAGGCAGCGGCGAGGAGGCGGGCGGCCACAUGGGCAGCAUGAUGGCGCCACGCGACCUCAUCCGCGCGCGCAUCACAGGUAUCCUGGACGCAGCCGCCGCCGGCUCCACCAAACAGCUACAGCCGCACCUGGCAGCGCCGCAGCUACUGCCACAGCUGUUGGACGGCCCCAGCCAUGGACCGGGCUCGCUAGGCGCCGCCGCAGGCGGUGGCGGCGGGGGUGGCGGCGGCGGCCCGCCCACGCCCAAUGCGCUUCGGGCCUCUAUCAGCAACGUCCUCAGCGGCGGCGGCGACGCGGCGGUCGCGGCGAUGGCGCUACUUCACGCCAACACGCAGCCCGACGGCGGGCUGAAUGCGCAGGCGGCGGCGGCGCUUGCAGCGGCAGGGUUAGGCGGGCUGUUGGGGCCGCCGGGGUCCAACGGUGGUGACCUGUUUAAAACGGAAGGCGGCGGCUAUGGAGGCCCUGGCAGCGGACCGACCGGGUACAACUACGGUGGCGGCGGCGGUGGCGGCAGCGGCGAGGGCGAAGACGGCGAGGACGGGGACCCCAGCUACAACGACGGCAACCAGGCGAUGUCAAACCUGCUGGCAAGCAUGGCGCGCUCCGCGGCGGACGCGGGCAUGGGCGGCGCCGGCGGCGGUGGUGGCAUGGGCGGUGGUAUGGGCGGCGGCGGCGGCAUGGGUGGCGGCAUGGGCGGCGGCGGCGGUGGCAUGGGCGGCAUGGGCGGCCCCGGCUCCCUCAUCGUGGCAACGGGCGUGCCGCCGGCGAAGAAGGAGAGCAAGACGCGCCACGCCGACGGCCGCUUCAAGAACGAGUCGCAGCACCUGAAGAAGAUGUCGGACAUGAGCCGCAAAAUCAGCGAGCUGUUCGACGGCACCAUCAGCGACCUUGUGGAUGUGGUUGACCACAAGAAGAUCCUGUGCCGCGUGUGCAGCCACGCCUGCACCGCCUACUCCGCCUACCACACCGACUGCGUGCGCAAGCACUUCCUGCGCCACCACGAGACGCUGCUGCGGGAGCGCGGCGUGGCGGCGGCGCGGUGGCGCAAGGAGUACGAGGUGUCGCAGAAGGUGAAGCGGCAGCAGGCGGGGCAGGACGCCAUGGGCCUCCUGGGCCCGGGCGGCCUGGGCGGCGGCGGCGGCGGCGGCGGCCUGGGGCCACUGGCCGGCCUUCAGGGGCUGGGCGGCGGCCCCGGCGGCCUGGCUGGGCUGCAGGGGCUCCAAGGGCUGGGGCUGCUGGGUGGCUUCCUGGGCGGCGGGCCGGGCGGCGGAGGCGGAGGUGGAGGCGGGGGCACUGACGACCGCGGCUUGCCGCAGGGGCAGCUGCUGCAGCUGCACGGGCUGCCCAUGCUGGGAGACCUGGCGGCGCUGGGAGGCGGCGGGCCGCACGGCGGGCCGGGCGGCGGCAGCGGCGGCGGCGGCGGGCCGGGCGGCAACAACCCUAACGCCACGCUACUGGCACUACAGCUUCAUGCUCAGGGCCUGUCCGCGGACGAGCAGCUGCAGCUGCAGACCGGGCUCAGCGGCCUCUUGGCGGCGGGCGCGCCGGCGGGCGCCGGGCUAGGAGGUCCGGGUGCAGGUGGCGGCGGCCCCGGAAGCGGCCCUGGCGGCGGCGGCGGUGGCAGUGGCGGCGGCGCAGCCCCUGCUUCCGGCCCGGGGAGCCAGGGAGGCGCAUCCGAGGGCGCCGGGCCUGGCGGGAUUGGCGCUGGCUCCCUCGCAGGCGUGCCCCCCAACGUCGCCUCCAUUGCGGCGGCGGCUGUGGCGGCGGCCCUGGCGCCCAUGACUCGAAUGGCCUCGGGCACGGUCACCACGGAAAUGGCGAUGCCGCCGCCGCCGCUGCCCCCGGCCGGAGGUCCCGGAGGCGCGGCCGGCUCGGGGCCGGGUGACGUACUGGCGGCGAACGGCGGCGGCCCGGCAGGCGCAGGAGCAGGCGGUGGCGGCGGUGCCGGUGGCGGCGGCGGCGGCGGCGGCGGCCCUCAGGGGUUGUCGCGGGCCGGUAGCCAGGUGUCAGGCGGGCUAUCGCCGCCCGUUGUCACCACCGACAUGUCCGCCCCCCGUGGCAGCUGAGCGCGCUGGCAAUCAGGCGGGUUGCGAUCUGGGGCAGUGAGAAGAGAAGCUAGGGGGUGGCAAAUGAUAGGCAUAGGGUUUUGGGGCUUACGUCGUAUGGGGGUUUAGGUCGUGUUUGUCUGUGUGCUGCUGUGCUUGGUGGAGUGCAUCGCUGUUGAUGGCUGUUGCACAUGGCAUUGACGUGAUUGCGCUGAAAGGUGCAAGAGGGCUGAAAGAAUGGUGCUGAUUGGAAAGAUCAAAGCAGGUCACCAGCCGGUACCCUGAAAGUGCGAUAGGGGGGCGCGGCGAAGGCGACGAAGGCGGCGAAGGAAGUGGAUGCAUUUGGCAGUCGGUAGGGUUGGGACGUUGCACGACAUACAGAUCGGUGUCUGGAAUUUCCUAGCAAGAAAUGGGCGUAUCAGCACUUGUAUGAUAUUAUGUGUCCAAUGUGGUGAUGUGAACUGUGCAAGUGUACUGCGGAAGAGAACUGUGCGCUGCUUUGGGGCUGAGGCGUCGAAGGCAUGGUUUGUGAGGGCAGAGCAACGCGCGACGAGAGGUGACGUGCAGCUGGGGUUGUGCUAUGAGCAUGUGACUGGGUGCUUGGUGCUAUGAGGUCGCUGCAAAGGCUGCACGGGACCCGGAAGGUGGCUGUGACUGUAUCCCGCGAGGGCACAGGCGACUGAAAUCUGAUGCCAUGCUACACGCCGCGACCC